AUAUCCCACCUACUACUACUACUACUACCCGCUGGUCAUUAUUUUUAUAUUUCUGAUAUUUUCCGUCGUUUGCUCAUGUUUUUACGUUAGUACCAUGCGAAUGGUACCUACUAGGCUACCUAGGACCUAGGCUGUUUGGCUUUGGACAGUCAAUUACAAGAUAAUCAGAGAUCAUGUUGAGCUUGAAACUCUGCAAAUCUGAAAGGACUCUGCAUAUGGUUAUCAGUAAUACUUAUUUUUAUUACCAUCAUUUAUUGUCUGGUAUCCAUACAAGUAUACCCCGUAUCGUAGAAAGUUCAAAUUCUCACUGUGAUAGUAGCAAUGGAAAAUUAGAUGUGUUUGUCAAAGGAAUAAAGUUAAGAAACAAACGUACUAAAGUUUUGAGUGACCAUCAACCAUCUGUUCGAUCUAGAAAAUUAUUAAAAGGGAGACCAGAGGUCUCCAAAAUUAAGCUGCUUACAGUUGGAAGUAUAGAAAGCAGUGGGAAUACUAGGACUAACACACAAACUAAAGUGUGGGAUUCAGGUACAGCAAGAGAUAGACCCUCAUUAGAGCCUCCUAGUGGGAAAAUUGAACUAAAUGUGUGUACAGAUGAAAAUUUUGUUAAACGUGAUAUAUCCAGAAAAGAUGGAGUGGGAAAUCUAAAUCAAGAAAAUAUUAAACCAGAUGAUAGUAAAUUUUCAAUCACUAGCACUAAAAGUGAAAUAACUCAAAGGACACAUUUUCUGGAAGACAAAACAACUGGUCAAGUGCAGAAAAGUGCAGUCAAGGUUUCUGACAAACCAUGGAAAAUUAGAGUUGAAGAGCAAUUAAUGUUAACUCAACUUAUCAGUUCUGGCAGAGUAGUUGAAGCUCUAUCCCAAAUUGAAGAUUACAAAAAACAAAAUAGGGUGGUGCCAUUCAGGUUAUUCCGUUACUUUUGUGGCUGUGCGUGCACCCAAGGAUUAGUAAACGAAAUUUAUAGGGUGAAAGAAGUGGCCGAAAAAAUCCACCCUCUUUUAUAUAAAAAGCACUUGUGUUUUGACAACUACCUGGCAAGUGCCUAUUGUUACUGUGGAGACUUUAGUAGAUCACUUGAACAACUUCUGUCUUUGUAUCAUGAAACUCCAAAAGGAGCCAAAAAGUUAAAAGAUGCCGUUUCCCUCAUAACUAUCAAUAUCUUGAAGUCCAAUGAAGAGGAGAAUGAGCAGAUGGUUUUAAAAUUUGCAGAAGAUUUGGCUACAACCAAAGGAAUACUGUACCCAGCAUUGUCAGUCUGGCGUUUUUGUUUUUGCAGCUCCUUAUAUCGACACCAGAUGAUUGCAAAAUAUUUGCUUGAGUCCUUUCCUGAGUUAAGUGAAUUGCUGCCUCAGAAACUUGAGCCUAUUAUAUCUAAAUCAUACAUUGAAGCCAACUUGGAUCUUCUGCAUCGAACAUUUCAGUUAUUAUUACAGCAUGAAUUUACUCAAUUUUAUGCUUCAGCUACAUCUGCUUUAUUAUAUCAUCAGUGUGAAAUGGGUGAUGUGGCAGGAGUAAACCAAACCCUGAAAUUUGCACUUAUGUUAAAAGUGUACUUGAAGCCUUCUCAGAUUCAGCGAUUUCUUAGUCUCCUUGCCUAUCGCAGUAAACCAGCACCAAUGCUGCUGUUGGAUAUGAAAUAUAAAUUCCCUCCAAGACCCUUGCCUCAUCACACUCCAGAAUUCCAGUACAAAUUUUAGCAGUGUUAAGUUUUUUUUUUCUCCAAAGGUCAACACUGUAACAUGCUUGGUGGUAAAUACAUUAUUUAUAUAUGAAAACAGG